AUGAGCCAAGACAAUGCAACCUCAAGUGCCUCUACCGUCACAAGUACACCUGCUUCAGCCACAUCUACUGCAACUCCUACCACCACAAGUCCACCUACCACAGAUACUACAGCCCCUCCCGGCACAAAUACAUCUACUGCUGCAAACGCUACAGCCCCUCCCGGCCCAAACAAUACAUCUACUGCUGCAAACGCUACAGCCCCUCCCGGCACAAACACGCCUACUGCCGCAAACGCUACCUCAGGUCCCAGCACACCUUGCAAAGAGGAUUCCUGUAAGGAUGGUUCUUUGUGUGUUAAUCUGCAUGAUGAUUAUUUUUGCCUGUGUUCAGAAGGAUAUUACUAUAAGUCUUCCAAAUGCAAUAAAGGAAAGAUAUUCCCUGGUACAAUUAAGGUCACAUGGUCAUACACAUCUGAAUUUGAAAAUAAAACUUCUGAGGCAUAUCAGAAUUUAUACAUUCAAGUUACUACAUUUUUUAAAGAUACCUUUAACAAUUCUGAUUACGGACAGACUGUAAUUGUUAAAGUAAGCCCAUCUGCUUCAGCAAGAUCUGAAAUGCGUGCUGGUAACCAGGGUGUUGACGUAGCAGUAGUAAACAUUUUUACAGAAAGUACAAAGGAAACUGAGACAUCCAUAUCAAAUACCAUUAGAAAAGCGACUAAUAGCCCCUCAAGUAACUUUACAGAAUAUGACCCGCAAGAUCGGUGUAAUUACUAUGGUUGUAAAAAACCGAAUGACCAAAAUGACUGUGACAGUGGUUUACUAUGUGAGUGCAAAGAGGGGCUGGCGAGACCAAACCCACAGAUACCUAUGUGUGUUGCUUCGUGUUCUGAUACAUGCAACGCAGAGCACAAGAGGCAAUGCCUAGUGAGAAACGAGAGUGCUGCCUGCGUGUGCUUGCCAGGCUACAAGGAAGAUGAUCAAAGAAACUGUCAAGCGUGUGCGUUUGGCUACAGUGGAGUCAACUGUGAAGACUCAUUUCAGCUGAUCCUCACGAUCGUGGGCACCAUUGCUGGCGUCUUUAUUCUUGGCAUGCUGAUUGCACACAUCGUCUCAAUGAGGUUAAAGAACAAAGGCAGGGAUGUAGAGGAAGAGACCUUGAUUGAGAAGGACUCACAAAAUCUGAGACUCAAGGAGACUGGCUUUAGCAAUCUAGGAGCAGAGGGGAGCAUCUUCCCUAAGGUCAGGGUGAACCUGCCCAGAGACAGCGAGUCACAGAACCCCUACACAGGGGCCUACACCCUACCAGACUAUUAG